AUGGUUCCUGCUGAGAACGCGAGUGUUUUCUCUGCAGCGGAUCGCUGUCCCAACUGCAGCGCUGCCACCCACCCAGGGGUGGAUGUAGCCAAGGUGGUGGUUUUGGGGAUGGUGCUGCUGGUGUUUGUAGUGUUCGGGGUCCUUGGCAACAUCCUGGUCAUCCUGUCAGUGUUGUUCCACCACCACUGGCGCUCUGUGACACAUUACUUCAUUGCCAACCUGGCGGCGGCAGACCUGCUGCUCAGCGCUGCCGUCCUGCCCUUCUCCGCCACCUCCGAGGCUCUCGGCAGAUGGGUGUUUGGCCGGUCCUUCUGCAGCGUUUGGGCCGCUCUGGACGUCCUCUGUUGCACCGCCUCCAUCCUCAGCCUGUGUGUGAUCUCUAUCGACCGCUACCUGGCUGUCAGCUACCCUCUGCGCUACCCUGCCAUAGCCACGGGGCGGCGAGGCCUGACAGCGGUGGCUGCUCUCUGGGGACUCUCGGCAGCUAUAUCCGUGGGCCCUCUGUUUGGCUGGAAGGAGCCCGACCCAGAAGACGAGACGGUGUGCCGAAUCACGGAGGAGCCCGGCUAUGCUUUGUUCUCGGCACUAGGGUCUUUCUACAUACCUCUGGCCAUCAUCCUGGCCAUGUACUGCCGCGUGUAUACCGUGGCGAAGAGAGAGACGAAAACCCUCAGGAAGGGCAGUAGGGGAGAAGGGGUUGAGACAGAGGGGGUGGUGCUUAGGAUUCACAGAGGGAGUGCUCCUCAGACGGAGAAGAAGGAGGACGACGACGGGACCCCGACACAUAAACGCAGAACCUUUUCCCUGCUGCUGAAGUUCUCGAGAGAGGAGAAGGCAGCCAAGACUCUUGGCAUUGUUGUCGGGUGCUUCAUUCUGUGCUGGCUCCCUUUUUUCCUGGUUUUACCAAUUGGCUCCAUCUUCCCGUCCUGUAAGCCUUCUGAAACCAUCUUUAAGAUUACCUUCUGGCUCGGUUACCUCAACAGCUGCAUUAACCCCAUCAUCUACCCCUGCUUCAGCCGGGAGUUCAAGAAAGCCUUCCACAACGUGCUCCGUGGCCGCUGCCUGAGAACUGGGGCGCUGGCUGCCAAACCACAAGGACACAUCAGCGCCCACUCCUCCAGUCCAGUCCCACAGUCUGUUCCCGCAGCCCAACACCGCGACGCUGCUUCGUCAUGGGGUUGCUGCAGGGCGCUGUCCACCUCCUCGUCAUCUGUCUGCGGUCCAGAGGCUCAAAGUGCACAAAUCCAGAGGAAGAGUCUACUAAAGGCGUGGUGUCUCUCAGCAAGUGGGACACCGGUACCGCAGAACCCCUCCAGUUGCAAGUCAACCAAGGUUUUACGCCUUUCUCUCAGCGUUACAGGAGAGGCUGUUUGA